AUCCCCCAGCGGCUUAGAGGUGCCGGCGUCAGACGCCUGCUCGGAGCGUCGCCUGGGUCAGGCGCGCGGGCAGCCUGGUUCCGGGGUCCUCGGGGUCCUUAGUGAGGUGACUUUCAGGCUCGCGCUCGCCGGUUGCUGGUCUCCGGUCUCCGCCAUGGCCCAGGCGGCGAAGAACCUGAUCCAGCGCGUCACCACCACGGGGCCGAAGCUCGUCAGCGCUGCUGUGACUUAUUCGAGGCCUCGUUUGGCCACAUUUUGGUACUAUGCCAGAGUUGAGCUGGUUCCUCCAACCCCUGCUGAGAUCCCCAAGGCUAUUGACAGCAUGAGAGCUCUGGUCAAAAGCUUUCAGUCCGGUCGCCUGGCACAGCUCACAGUCAAGGAAGCUGUGAGGAACGGUUUGGUGGCCACAGAGGUGCUGAUGUGGUUUUACAUCGGUGAGAUCAUAGGCAGAGGCAGCCUGAUUGGAUACAAUGUUUGAAGACUAAUCCUUAGUAGUGUUAUGUUUCACUUCUUUGUGCCCCAAGUCUGUAACAGUAUCUGAGGAAAAUAAAACCAGGAACUGGUGUGGAAUUGU